GGAGGAGAGACAGACAGACAGACACACAGAGAACAACCACCACAGUGAGUUUUAGAAGAAACAGACAUGAAAGAGUUAAACUUCAUUUGAACAAACUGACCAACUUCUGCAUUUAGAGAAGCUCUGAGUGACGUGAGUUUGAUAGCAGAGUAAUAAAAAGACAUGAGCCACAAAACACAAUAGUACACACACACUGCAGAGAGAGAGAGAGAGACGAACUGACUGAGCGACACACCAAAAAAGGGCUGGAGCUGGAGGUUCUGCUGCUGGAGAAACACACGGACACACAGACAGACAGACUCAUGGAGCAGGGCUGUGGAUGAGCCGGAUCUCCUCAGGAGCGCCGCCAUGUCCACGGGCCCCGGGCCCACAGGGGCCGCUCAUCUGAAGAAGCCGGACGGGAGCGCAGAGGAUCACGCCAAAGGCCCCGUCGGCCUGCAGACGCUGCUGGACCUGCUGGUGGGAGUUUAUCAGGAGUUCAGCUCGUCCGCUCUGGCCAGAGAGAAACACGUGCAGCGCUUCCUGCAGUGGGCGGAGCCUCUGGUCAGACAGGUGAAGAAGACUCGAAUAAGCAGGGACGACUUUGACAUCUUGAAGGUGAUCGGCCGAGGAACCUUCAGCGAGGUGGCUCUGGCCCGGAUGCGAAACACACAGCAGGUGUACGCGCUGAAGAUCAUGAACAAAUGGGACAUGCUGAAGCGUGGAGAGACCGCGUGCUAUCAGGAGGAGCGGGAGGUUCUGCUGAAGGGAGACCGUCGCUGGAUCACUGAGCUGCAUUACGCUUUCCAGGACGACAAUUACCUCUAUCUGGUCAUGGAUUACUAUGUCGGUGGAGACCUGCUGACACUGCUGAGUAAGUUCGGUGAUCGUAUCCCGGAGGAUAUGGCUCAGUUCUACCUGGCUGAGAUGGUGAUGGCCAUUGACUCCGUCCACAGACUGGGUUAUGUGCACAGAGACAUUAAACCUGACAACAUCCUGCUGACGGCAGACGGUCACGCUCGGUUGGGUGAUUUCGGCUCCUGUCUCCGUCUGGAGGAUGAUGGACUGGUCCACUCGUCGGUGGCUGUCGGCACUCCAGACUAUCUGUCUCCAGAGAUCCUGCGGGCGGUGGAGGGCGGCGGCGGCUACGGCACCGACUGCGACUGGUGGGCUCUGGGCGUCUGCGCCUACGAGAUGCUGCUGGGAACCACGCCGUUUUACGCAGAGUCCAUUUCUGAGACCUACGCUAAAAUAAUACACUUCAAGGAUUAUUUUGAGUUUCCCGCUGCGGGCUCGGAGGUGUCGGAGGAGGCGCGUUCACUGAUCGGCGGCCUGAUCUGCGACAGGAGCGAGCGGCUGGGCUCGCGGGGCUCCGGGGACUUCAGAAAACAUCCCUUCUUCUGCGGUUUGGACUGGAGUUCCCUUCAUCUCCUCCCUCCUCCGUACCAUCCCGACGUCUCCAACGCCACAGACACCUCCAACUUUGACGUGCUGGACGACUGUCUCAACGACACGGAGAACCUGAGUGACGUGAUGGAGCGAGCGGCUGGAGUUCACCUGGCGUUUGUCGGAUACUCGUACACAGCCACCAGAGAGACGGGAGCGCUGGACCGCAGUGGUGACAUCAUGAUGGAGAUCGACCAACCACAGGACAGAGAUUACCUCUACCUGCAGGGGAAACUGAAUCAGGUGUGGCGGCUCAGAGAUCGCAUCACUGCUGAUGUCACGGCACUUCCAGAACUUCCUGCUGAGCACAGGAAUCUGGAGCUGGAGCUGGAGCUGGAGCCGGAACCGAAGUUGAAGCUGGAGCAGGAGCCGAAUCUGGAGCUAAAGCUGGAGCCAGAGCUGAAGCCAGAGCCGGAGCCGGAGCUGGAACCAGAGCUAGAGUUGAAGACGGAGCUGAAGCUGGAGCCGAAGCCAGAGCCGGAGCUGGACCUGGAGCCGGAGUCGGAGCCAGAGCUGAAGCCAGAGCUAGAGCUGAAGACAGAACCGGACCUGAAGCUGGAGCCGGAGCCGAAGCUGGAGCUGGAGCCGGACCUGGAGCUGGAACCAGAGCUAGAGUUGAAGACGGAGCUGAAGCUGGAGCCGAAGCCAGAGCCAGAGCCGGAGCUGGAGCCGGAGUCGGAGCCAGAGCUGAAGCCAGAGCUAGAGCUGAAGACAGAACCGGACCUAAAGCUGGAGCCGGACCUGGAGCUGGAACCAGAGCUAGAGCCGGAGCCGGAGCCGGAGCCGAGUGAAGCACAUGCUCAGGAGCUGCAGAGGCGGCUGAUCAAAGCUGACCGGAGGAACAGAGAACUGGAGCAGGAGAUGAUGGGACUGAGAGAGGAGAUCCUCAGACUGACGGCCGACAGGAACAGAGAGCUGUGUGUGUGUCUGCCGCCCGCCCGCUGCCUGGACGCCGCGCGGGAUAGCUCAACGACGCCCCCUGCCUGCCAUUACCCGCUAGUGACGCCGCUGCUCCGCCACCUGCUGCUGUUCAACAGGGUGUGGAUGCCGCAGGUGAGGAGUGAGUCGUAUCUGCUGGUUUGUGCCGAAGGGACUGAAGUGCAGCUGUGGGAGCGUCACUGUGGCUCUGAUCUCUCCUGAGGGACCCUAGAUAGUCUACAGCAGCUGAAGGACUGUGAUCUACUCCUCUAUGCAAUCAUCUGUUCUUCAGUUCCGGUCUUUAACAGCCACAUGAUUCAGUAAACAGGGAGAAAUUCCCCAACGCAUGGAUUUCUAUUGAAAUGACUGGAUUUUUGUGACCACAGCUUGAUUGUGUGUGUUCAUGUGCAGCUUCAUUCAGAAAGAGAUUUACGUUUAAUCAACUCAGAUUCACCAGUGACGUUUACAUGUGGUUUUAUUCUGAAAGCGACUUUUAAAUGCGUCAGGCAUCAGAAUAAUCCUGCUGAUCUCCUGCUGUUUCCCAAAAGAUUUCCAGAGAAAUUCCAGAUGCUGCCGUUGGUUAUUCAGUAUGUGUGCAAAUAUUAGUUUCAUAACACUUUAAUUCAGAUACUUCACAACACCAACUCGUUAUUUUGUUGCAGCACCUGUUUUCACCCUCUGUCUGAACCGUCUGUUUUAGUUCCGGUUUCUUUAAAACGCACCUUCUGAAAAGCGCAGUCUGCGCUGAUUGGUCAUUUAUAUCGCACGUGUUUGUGUUCAUGAGUUCACCGCUCCAUCCAACUAUCAUAUCGUUAUUUACCAGAGGUAUAUUUUGUACAAAACAAGAAGUGAAGUUGUUUUAAGCAUUAAAAUUAUUUAAGAGUGUUUGACGUAGAAAUAAAGUUGGCUUAUUUAUUUAA